AUGGGUGCCGAGGGCGCGGGUGCGGGCGAGAGCGAUGCCGCGGCGGAGCCCGAGCGUAUCCGGGCGGAGGCGCCGGAGGGCAAUGCCGCUGCGGGCCCUGAAUUGGCUGCCCCAAUCGAUGGUGAUGCCCAGGGCGAAGGCGAUGACGCUGAAGGGUCGGAGGCCUCGGCGGACUCCUCGUGCGUCGGGGAGGGCCUGGACGAGGCCGGGAAGCCCGAGGUCCAGGUGCGCCCGCUGACCUACUCGUGGGAGCAGACGGAGUCGGAGCUGAAGGUCUACGUGCAGUUCGACCAGCACGAGGAGCUGAGCGGGGGCGUGCCCAAGGAGAACGUGAGUGUAGAGUUCGGUGAGUGGAACGCCUUGCUGAUCAUCGAGAGCCCCGUUGCCGGGAGGAUACCCUUCGGGCUCCGCCUCGCCGACUUCCACCGCCGCGUCGUGCCGGACAUGUGUACCUACGCGGUGAGGAGCAGCCGGGUGACGCUGAGGCUGACGAAAGAGGAGGACGAGCACUGGUUCAACAUCACCUCGCGCAGGAGCGCGCGCUGA